AUGUUUGAAGAUAGAGAAUUCUGGGUUCCUGCUUAUUUUCGAGAUUUUCCCAUGGGGUCGCUUCUUAGGACUACAUCGAUGUCUGAAUCGGAGAAUAGCUUUUUUAAAAACUACACAAAGCCACGUGCAAAUCUUGUACAGUUCAUCAAUUUCUUUAAUUAUGCUGUGGGAGAUCAAAGGAAUGCCAAUUCACGAUUGAACUACUUGGAUUACUCAACUAUUCCUGAUUUGUCAACCCAAUUGCCUAUUGAGAAGCAUGCAUCUACAAUCUACACUGAUUCUAUUUUCAAACAUGUACAACAGGAAAUAAGUACGGUAUGUGAGAUUGUUUCUAUAACUGUUGAGGAUAACAUCAAGAUGCAUCAGGUCAAGGACCAAUAUGGUAGAACAUGGGAUGUUAAGUAUGAUUGUAAGCAAGACACAUUCGACUGUAGUUGCAAGAAGUUUUCCAGAAUUGGUUUGUUAUGUUGUCAUAUAUUUUGUUUGUUGAAGAAUAAGUCUGCUAAUCUCAUUCCUGAGAAAUAUUUUGGUCGAAGGUGGUUGAAGAGCUCUUUACUAAAGGCAGCCCAUGGUCUACCAUCUGAGGAACAACAACCAUUUGAACAUUUGGAUGAAAAGCAGGAAGUCUGA